ACCCGUGUCAAAAUGAAACCAGAGCACUACCUGUUUAGCUUAGCUUAGCUUAGCUUAGCUUGUGCGUUUAAAAUAGCCGAAUCAGCUGAUCUGAACAGUGUUAUUAUAAAGAUUCAAGCGAUUUAACUAUAAAACGUUUUUAACACGCCAUAUUGUUAAAGUGGAGACAAACACAGACUCACAGCCUAACGACAUACGCAAGUCAAGCUUUAACAGGCACCUGAUGACCUCUGACCCCUGUGUUUACUGGCGUGAGGCCAUGAUCAGUGUUACACUGUGAAGCCAUGAGUCAGAGGAACAUCGCUGCUGACCUACUGAACAGAAAAAUCCGGGAGAACAGGGCUCUGAGUUUUCAGAGACACUACCAUGUGACUGACCCGUUUAUAAAGCGACUUGGCCUGGAGGCAGAGCUCCAGGGUCACUCGGGGUGUGUGAACUGUCUGGAAUGGAAUGAGAAAGGAGACAUAUUAGCGUCAGGGUCUGAUGAUCAGCAUGUGAUGGUGUGGGAUCCUUUCAGACACAGGAAGCUGAUGAGCAUGCACACGGGUCAUGCUGCUAACAUCUUCUCCGUCAAGUUCCUGCCACACUCUGGAGAUCGGAUCUUGGUGACCGGAGCUGCAGAUACCAAGGUCCACGUUCAUGAUGUGACGGUACAGGAGACGAUCCAUAUGUUCUCUGAUCACACUAACAGAGUGAAGCGCAUCGCCACCGCCCCCAUGUGGCCAAACAUGUUCUGGAGUGCGGCCGAGGACGGCAUCAUCAGGCAGUAUGAUCUGAGAGAGAGCAGUAAACGCUCAGACGUGUUAAUUGAUCUGACAGAGUACUGUGGUCAGCUGGUGGAGGCCAAAUGUCUCGCUGUGAACCCGCGGGAUAAUAACUACCUCGCUGUGGGAGCUAAUGGCCCAUUUGUACGCCUGUAUGACAUCCGCAUGAUCCACAACCACAGGAAGGCUCUUAGUCAGAGUGCAGAAGUUCACACUUUCUGUGAUAAAACGAAGCCCAUCCCUGAUGGAGCAGGACAGUACUACGUGGCAGGUCACCUCCCAGUGAAACUGCCAGAUUAUAACAACAGGCUCCGUGUGUUGGUGGCCACGUAUGUGACGUUCAGUCCUGAUGGGACGGAGCUGCUGGUUAAUAUGGGUGGAGAACAGGUGUAUCUGUUUGAUCUGACGUUUACACAGAGACCGUACACCUUCCUGCUGCCGAAGAAGUGCCAUUCCUCAACAGAGGUGCAAAAUGGGAAAACCACAAACGGAGUUUCUAACGGAAUUCAUCUUCCUGUCAACUGCCUGAAACUUGCUAAUAACAAACCCUGCAGUGAGCUGCCUCCCCACCUUGAGCGCAUUAAACAGCAGGCUAAUGAUGCAUUUGCGCGUCAGCAGUGGACUCAGGCCAUCCAGCUGUACAGUCUGGGGAUCCACACCACAGGACAGAGCAACGCCAUGCUGUACGGGAACCGCGCCGCUGCCUACAUGAAGCGCAAAUGGGACGGGGAUCAUUACGAUGCUCUGCGUGACUGUCUGAAAGCUCUGUCUCUGAACCCGGCUCAUCUGAAGGCUCACUUCCGGCUGGCACGCUGUCUGUUUGAGCUGAAGUACGUGGCUGAGGCUCUCGAGUGUCUGGAUGACUUUAAAGGGAAAUUUCCAGAACAGGCUCACAGCAGUGCCUGCAGCGCCCUCGACAAGGACAUCAAAGCUGCUCUGUUCUCUAAAAAUGACUCUGUAGAUGAGAAGAAAGGGAGCAGCUCGAUUCGCUUCCACAGCUUCAGCCGUAAAGAGUCGAUCCCUGAGGAUGAGGUCAUCCUGAGAGAGCGCAGCUUCGACUACAAGCACAGAUACUGCGGCCACUGCAACACCACCACCGACAUCAAAGAGGCUAACUUCUUUGGCAGUAAAGGGCAGUACAUUGUGAGUGGAUCAGACGACGGCUCCUUCUUUAUCUGGGAGAAGGAGACCACCAACCUGGUGCGAGUGCUACAGGGAGAUGAGUCCAUAGUGAACUGCCUCCAGCCGCAUCCCAGCUACUGUUACCUAGCAACCAGCGGCAUCGACCCUGUAGUGCGGCUCUGGAGCCCACGACCCGAGACGGACAGUGAGAAUGGUCGUGUGGUGGAGGAUAUGGAGGGAGCAUCUCAGGCUAAUCAGAGGAGGAUGAAUGCUGAUCCUCUAGAAGUGAUGCUGCUCAACAUGGGCUAUCGUAUCACAGGGCUGAGCAGCGGCCAUGACGCCUCCGACGAGGACGAGGAUAACACAGAGGGUCAGGUGCAGUGCCGCACCAGCUAGAGUGUGUGUGUGUGUGUGUGUGUGUGUGUGUGUGUGAGAGAGAGUGUGUACGUUUCCUCUACCUGUGGCUCUGCAAUGCACACUCGCUCUUGGAGAGGAAGGGAACAAAUCAUAAGGCACUUGAUCCCACAGUAGGUGGAGUGUCAGACUGGACUGUUCAGACUGGAUGAUGAUGAUAAACUUGUUUCCUCGGUGGUUCUGGAACUGCUGUGUGUAGUUUUGUUCAAUCUGGCCCGCUCUGAUGUCACUUCCUGUUCCUGCAGCUGAGACUCCGCCCAUUGCACGGCCGUGUAUGUCUGUUAGACUUGAGCACUUUGUUUAAAUGGAGGACUUUUUCCAGAAUUAUAAAUGUUUUAUUUUUCUCUUUGAUCUUCUGGUGUUUCAUGUCACUUGGUUGUGUUUCAAGAUUAAAGGAGCAGUUCACAACGUUCA